AUGAACUUGAUAAGGGUGCGGAAAGAGAGGGAUUCGAACCCUCGUACCAAUAGGCGGCAUGGGGGAAGAAGCACUACGCUUAGGAAUCAACAACACGAAAACUUUGUAAAAAAAAUAAAUCCUUCCUUUCUUAUGGGGAUCGGGACUAACUAGAAUGGUUGGGACAAUAAACAUCCAUCUCGUUCGUAUUUUGGAUACCCAUAUAACCAUCGAAGACUGUUGAAGUGACUAAUUCCGGGAAAUUUAGCAGCGUUGAGGACAAAGAAAUUGUUGAAGUGACUAUUUAUCCAGUAAUAACAUACUUGAUGUUAAUAAAAGAUCCUUUACAGGAAGGUUGGCUAGAGAUUUCGUGUAAAAAUACUAGUCCCGCUAAGUUGAUAAUGAGAA